GUCGUGCCGUGUUUACCAACGGCGGCUAAACGGUGUUCGGAGAGAUACAAAUAUAAAUCUGGUCAAAAAAACGAGGAGAUUUCUAAUAACUGCCGAUGGCGGAUCCUGCGGUGGCGUCGGGAGGCCCUCUGAAUGCGGGAGUGCGUGGAAGUGCUGGUAAAGCAACUUCUAGCCCAGCAGAAAACUACCUCCUGGCACGCCGUCGCACUCUGCAGGUCGUUGUCAGCGCCCUGUUGACUGAGAGUGGCUUCGAGAGUGCGGAGAAGGCAGCUGUGGAAACCCUAACUGAGAUGUUGCAGAGCUAUAUUACUGAAAUAGGUCGAUGUGCCAAAGCGUACUGUGAACACACAGCCAGGAGCGUCCCGACACUGUCAGACACAGUGGUCACGCUUAUUGAAAUGGGUUUCAAUGUUGAUACUUUGCCCAUAUAUGCUAAACGAUCACAAAGGAUGGUCAUAACGGCCCCUCCAGUGACAAAUGCUCCUGUGACUCCCAAAGCGCUGUCAGCUGGACAGAAGCGCACACAUCCAGCCCACAUCCCCAGCCACUUCCCAGAAUUCCCCGACCCUCACACGUAUAUCAAAACACCUACUUUCAGGGAACCCGUGUCAGACUACCAAGUGGUGAGAGAGAAGGCAGCAACUCAGAGGAGAGACGUGGAACGAGCACUUACACGCUUCAUUGCCAAGACUGGAGAAACUCAAAGCCUAUUCAAAGAUGACAUCACUACCUUCCCAUUAAUCGCAGCGCGGCCGAGCACCAUCCCAUAUCUCAGUGCCCUCCUGCCCUCAGAGCUGGAACUUCAGGCUCUGGAGGAGACGGACUCCUCUGAGCAGGAUGACCAGACUGAUGGCGAGAACACAGCAGGAAACGCCAUUUCUGAUGAUCCAGGAGCUGACAAAGAGAAUUCCAUGCUUCCUCCCAGCGGCGUAGUUCCAUCCACCAAGGCUAGUGAGGACAAUGUAAUCGACAACCCGUAUCUCCGGCCGGUCAAGAAACCCAAAGUAAGGAGGAAGAAAUGAGAAGGGACGAGGCUUAAAGCAACAGACUCAUAUCUGCUCCAGUCUUUGGUGCUUACAACAGUCCAGUCAGUGAUUCCCUGCACAGGGGAAGUGGCCCGGGGUUGAAACCUGCUGCGUGAGCUGAGACCAGCGACUGCUUUGCCUCAGCAGCGGGACCAGUACUGCAGACUGACUUCCACAGAAGAUGGCUUUUUUUUUUUUUUUGGGUUAAGUGUCACUUUUUCAGCUGUUUAAAAAUCUGUCCUACAUUAUUUUGUAAGCAACAUCUUUAUGUAACAUACAGGUCACAUAGGAAUUCUGUCAUUUUGUAAUUAAAGGAAAUUAAGUUUCUUUUAAAAAAAGAAAAAAAAACCUUACAUGUUCAUAUUUUGUUUAUAUUUUAAGGGGAAAGACAAAAAACAAAACAAAAAAACAUCUUCUUGCUUCGCCAGUGUCACGAUAGGUUUCCAUGUAAGACCUUCAGGGUUAAUAGUACAAAUUCAGGUAGGCCACUCUGCUCCUCUGUUUAAGGUACUCCUUUUCACUGGCAAGCUGUGGGAGGAAAAUAAAAUAUGUAUAUCACAAUUUUUUUGGUGCAGCAACAUGUAGUUUUGUACAGGUAUAGGUGACGAGCACACCUAAUAUCACACCGAAUUAACAGGCUUACAGCUAAUGAGUUUAUCUGAGUAAUCGUGUAUAGAAUCAGCACAUCUAAAGAGAGACAACAUUUCUGAUACUAGAGAAAUAUCUGUGGUCUUUAUGUAUAAGCUGGCUGUGCCUUUUAAGUUUUUGUAACAACAAAAUUAAGGCCAUGAAAUUUCUCAACUUGCUUCGCUCACCUUCACCCUGAGUGACUUCUUGCCUAUUUGAGGCAGGCUGGACCAGUCCGGUCUCCCAAAGCACAUGGGCCAGCUCACUUUCCUGUUUGUCACUCUGUCGUCGGCAUACGUCCCAGGGCUGUGUCGCAAAAUAACAUCUGUCAGCUCAGUUUAGCACCGUAACAUUUCAGCCACGUGUCAGUUUCUCUCUGUCUCACCCUGGACUCCUCUCAGAUGUACACGGUGUGGGUUUGAACCUCUGUGCUUUUGCGUUGAAAGCUAUUUUGCCAGGAGGAGAGACCCUAGAACCACUUUGAUCCUGCUGGUACUGCCACGGUGAAGGGGUCACUGCCUGGUGAUCAGAAAGAUUAUAAAGAUCUUCAUAUUAAGCAUUACAUAUUAAAAAGCCAGUAGCAGGUUUAUACUUGCACAGAAAAUGUUUUGACAACCCCCCCAACAAGUACAAUACAGCGACUUCUAACUAUGUGACUUAAUUUGGUUUUAAUUUCACCAGAUAGCUGACAGAGUAAUGAAGAUUUAUUGC